CAAGGUAAAUCAGCAAGUGCUCCUUCUGCUGAAUUACUAGAAAAUGAUAGAAUCAUAUUACAACAGCUACUUAGACCUUAUCGAUCUGAAGAUAUUUUGAAUGUUAAUGAAACUGAACUUGCAGAUUAUAAUAUUUAUGAUGCCUUACUUAAUGCAGCAGAAGCUUGGUCUAUGGUAUCACCAGAAACAAUUGCAAAUUGCUGGCGAAAAACUAAUAUCCUUUCACAAGAAGCAAGUUUUCCAAUUCCAGAUCAUGAAAACGAAAUGCAAGAACUUGAAGGAUUAAUUAACCACUGA